CUCAGUGUCCGUGCGGCGGCAGUCGGAAGAGGAGAAGGCGGGUCAGGAGGAGGGGGUCCGAGGCCAUGGGAGCUGCCUGAGACAGAGAGUGCCGGAGCGGACAGAGCCGGGGAGGAGGGAGGGGGGUAACACGGCCGGGAAGAACAUGGGAGCUCCGCUGAGCGCUGUGCUUCUGCUGUCCUGCUGCCUGCUCCCGGUCCGGGCAUCUCCUUUAUUGCUUUUUGCCAACCGGCGUGAUGUCAGAUUGGUUGAUGCAGGGGGAACAAAGUUGGAUUCUACGGUGGUAGUAAGCGGCUUGGAAGACGCAGCUGCAGUGGACUUCUUUUACCAUCAAGGACUCAUUUACUGGACAGAUGUCAGCGAAGAGUCUAUAAAGGAAAUAUCUUAUAACCAGAGUGGUAGCGCGCAGCGUGUAAUCAUUUCUGGCUUGGUGUCCCCGGAUGGUCUGGCUUGUGACUGGAUUGCGAAAAAACUUUAUUGGACGGACUCUGAAACCAAUCGAAUAGAGGUUGCUAACCUCAAUGGCACAUACAGGAAAGUUCUCUUUUGGCAAGAUCUGGAUCAGCCCAGGGCCAUAGCGUUGGAUCCUGCUCAUGGAUACAUGUACUGGACGGAUUGGGGGGAGAACCCCAGGAUUGAACGGGCUGGUAUGGAUGGCAGCACGCGCAAAAUCAUAGUGGACUCUGAUAUUUAUUGGCCCAAUGGGCUAACAAUCGAUUUAGAAGAACAAAAACUUUACUGGGCAGAUGCUAAGCUGAGUUUUAUUCACCGGGCCAAUUUGGAUGGUUCAUUUAGGCAGAAGGUUGUUGAAGGAAGUCUCACACACCCAUUUGCUCUGACACUGGCUGGAGAUACCUUGUAUUGGACGGACUGGCAGACUCGCUCUAUACAUGCGUGCAACAAAUGUACUGGUGAGAAACGGCGGGAGAUCCUCAGCGCGCUUUAUUCUCCAAUGGACAUACAAGUAUUCAGUCAGGAGCGACAGCCACAUUUCAACACUCCAUGCGAUGACAAUAACGGCGGCUGCUCACAUCUUUGCCUGCUGUCCCCACGAGACCCGUUUUACAGCUGCGCAUGUCCCACAGGAGUACAACUGACCGAGGACGGCAAAUCCUGCAAAAUAGGUGCUGAUGAUGUCUUGCUGUUGGCAAGAAGGACCGAUCUACGAAGAAUCUCGUUGGACAUGCCAGAUUUUACAGAUAUUGUAUUACAGAUUGAUGACAUCAAGCAUGCUAUUGCAAUUGACUAUGACCCAGUCGAAGGAUAUAUCUAUUGGACUGAUGAUGAGGUUAGAGCAAUUCGUCGCGCUUAUCUCGAUGGGUCAGGUGCACAAACCUUAGUCACCACCGAGGUCCAGCACCCAGAUGGCAUUGCAGUUGACUGGGUGGCUCGAAAUCUUUACUGGACUGACACUGGAACUGACCGUAUUGAAGUCACUCGGCUUAACGGAACCUCCAGGAAAAUUUUGAUAUCUGAAAACUUGGAUGAACCAAGAGCCAUAGUACUGAACCCCCUGACAGGCUUUAUGUACUGGACAGAUUGGGGAGAAAAGCCAAAGAUUGAGUCUGCUUACUUGGAUGGAUCAGAAAGGAUUGUUCUGGUGAACUCGUCCCUGGGCUGGCCUAAUGGAUUAGCAUUGGAUCUUCAAGAUGGCAAAUUGUAUUGGGGAGAUGCCAAGAUGGACAAAAUAGAGGUUAUGAAUGUUGAUGGAAGUAUGCGAAGAACCCUGUUGGAAGACAAACUACCACAUAUAUUUGGUUUUACACUGCUGGGAGAUUACAUCUAUUGGACCGACUGGCAAAGAAGAAGCAUAGAAAGAGUUCAUAAAGUGAGGGCAAGUCGAGAAAUCAUUAUCGACCAGCUGCCAGACCUAAUGGGGCUAAAAGCAGUCAGUGUAACCAAUACAUUUGGCACUAAUCCAUGUGCUGAUCAUAAUGGAGGCUGCAGUCACCUGUGCUUCUUCACUCCUCAUGGUAUACGAUGUUCCUGUCCAAUGGGAUUGGAGUUACUGAGUGACAUGAGGACCUGCAUCAUUCCUGAGGCCUUCUUAGUGUUCACAAGCCGAGCAGCAAUUCACAGGAUUUCUUUAGAAACUAACAAUAAUAAUGUUGCAAUACCACUCACAGGCGUUAAAGAGGCAUCAGCCUUGGAUUUUGAUGUCUCUGAUAAUAGGAUCUAUUGGACUGAUGUCACAUUGAAGACAAUCAGCAGAGCAUUUAUGAAUGGAAGCGCAGUAGAACAUGUUAUUGAGUUUGGCCUCGAUUACCCAGAGGGAAUGGCAGUCGAUUGGAUGGGAAAGAACCUUUAUUGGGCAGACACUGGAACCAACAGAAUUGAAGUAUCACGCCUUGAUGGCCAGUUCAGACAGGUCUUAGUCUGGAAAGAUCUGGACAACCCAAGAUCUCUUGCUUUGGAUCCAGCAAAGGGCUACAUGUACUGGACAGAAUGGGGAGGGAAACCUAGAAUAGUUCGAGCCUACUUGGAUGGAACCAACAUCAUCACUUUAGUUGACAAACUGGGCCGUGCCAAUGAUCUGACCAUUGACUAUGCUGACCAGAGACUUUAUUGGACUGACCUAGAUACAAAUAUGAUCCAGUCAUCCAACAUGUUAGGCCAAGACCGGGAGAUCAUUGCCGAUGACCUUCCUCACCCAUUUGGACUGACCCAGUACAGUGACUUUAUCUACUGGACAGAUUGGAACCUGCACAGCAUAGAAAGGGCAGACAAAGUGAAUGGGAAGAACCGCACAUUGAUCCAGGGUCACUUGGACUUUGUGAUGGACAUCCUGGUAUUCCAUUCCUCCCGCCAGGACGGCUCCAAUGAAUGUAUGCAGAACAAUGGGCACUGCGGCCAGCUCUGCCUGGCUGUGCCUAAUGGAUACAGAUGUAGUUGCUCCUCUCAUUACACCUUGGACUCCAACCACAGGAACUGCAGCCUACCCUCCAGCUUCCUGCUGUUUAGCCAGAAGACGGCGAUAAAUCGGAUGUUAGUGGAUGAGCAGCAGAGUCCGGACAUCAUCCUUCCAAUCCAUGGCCUAAGAAAUGUCAAAGCAAUUACCUACGACCCAGUAGACAAACUCAUUUAUUGGGUGGAUGGGAAGCAGAAUAUAAUUAAAAGGGCUAAGGAUGAUGGCACACAGCCUCUUGUGGUGGUGUCCAGUCCAAACCAGAGCCAAACCCAAGAAAAGCAGCCCCAUGAUCUGAGCGUAGAUAUUUACAGUCACACCUUGUACUGGACCUGCGAGACCACCAACAGCAUCAACGUAAACAGGCUUACUGGAGAAUAUAUCGGCAUUGUCUUACGUGGAGAUCAUGACAAGCCAAGGGCCCUUGCCCUGAAUGCAGAGCGAGGGUACAUGUAUUUCACAAACAUGCAAGAGAGGUCCCCAAGGAUUGAGCGUGCAGCCUUAGAUGGAACAGAGAGAGAAGUUCUCUUCACCACCGGCCUUAUCAGACCUGUUGCUCUGGUCAUUGACAACAAGCUUGGGAAACUGUUUUGGGUGGACGCAGACUUGAAACGUAUAGAAAGCAGCGACCUAUCUGGAGCAAAUAGAAUAACUUUGCAAGAUUCAAAUAUCCUCCAGCCAAUGGGACUUUCAAUCCUUGGAGAUCACCUAUACUGGAUUGAUCGACAACAGCAGAUGAUUGAAAGGGUAGAAAAAACAAGUGGGUUCCAAAGGACAAGAAUUCAAGGCCGCAUAGCCCACCUCACUGGAAUUCACGCUGUGGAAACUCUUAACAUGAAUGAAUUAACUACACAUCCAUGUUCUCGCGACAAUGGAGGCUGUUCCCAUAUCUGCAUUGCCAAAGGAGAUGGCACCCCUCGCUGUUCCUGCCCCGUGCAUCUCGUUCUCUUGCAGAACCUGCUAACGUGUGGAGAGCCUCCAACUUGCUCUCCAGAACAGUUCUCCUGCGCCACCGGUGAGAUUGACUGUAUCCCUCUGUCUUGGCGCUGUGAUGGCUACUCGGAGUGUGAGGACAAGAGUGAUGAGGAGAACUGCCCCUUGUGCUCUCCCAAUCAGUUCCAGUGUGAGAAAGGGCGGUGUAUCGAUGCCCGCAAGAAGUGCAAUGGAGAGUAUGACUGCCAGGAUAAAUCGGAUGAGCUGGAUUGUGAAUCGGUAUGUCUACAUAAUCAGUUCCGUUGUGACAACGGCCAGUGUGUCAUGACAAAGCAGCAUUGUGACACCUUCCCAGACUGCAGUGAUAACUCUGAUGAGAUCAUGUGUGAACUGAAUAAAUCCCCAUCUGAGGCGACCCCUUCUCAUAGCAGUGCGAUAUUACCAGUCAUUGGCAUUAUUCUGUCAGUCUUUGUAUUUGGCGGGGUCUAUUUUGUGUGCCAGAGAGUCGUGUGUCAAAGGUACACUGGACCGAACGGUCCUUUUCCUCAUGAGUACAUCAGCGGAACCCCCCAUGUUCCUCUCAACUUCAUAACAAGUAGAAAUUCGCAGCCUGGCACCUACACAGGUAUACCGUGUGGGAAGCAAAUGAUCAGUUCCAUGAGUAUCAUAGGUGGGGGCAGCAGCGGAGCGCCGCUGUAUGAUCGCAAUCAUGUGACUGGAGCCUCUUCCAGCAGCUCUUCUAGCACCAAAGCCACUUUAUACCCUCAGAUCUUGAAUCCGCCUCCAUCACCAGCUACAGAUCGGUCUUUAUACAACACUGAGGUAUUCUACUCCUCGAACAGUCCAUCCACUACUAGAUCUUACAGACCCUACCUUAUCAGAGGCAUUGCGCCUCCAACCACACCGUGCAGCACAGACGUGUGUGACAGUGACUACACAACCAGCAGAUGGAAAGCUAAUAAAUACUACAUGGAUUUAAAUUCGGAUUCAGACCCAUACCCACCUCCUCCCACUCCACGGAGCCAGUACAUGUCAGCAGAGGAGAGCUGCCCCCCUUCCCCAACCACAGAACGGAGCUACUUCCACCUCUACCCACCACCCCCCUCGCCAUGUACAGACUCCUCAUGACCCCAAGCAGAAGGAACCUGUCCCUAUUCAUUUGUAAAUAUUUUAAAUAUGAACAAAAGAACAAAUAUAUAAAUAUAUAUAUAUAUAUUAUGAUUUUAAAGAUAAUCCUGAUUGUUGUUUUUCUAAAAAAAAAGAUGUAAGAGAAAAAAUAAAUGUGAAUACAAAUGGGUUGGGGAGGGACUGAAAAUUGUACAGUGGAAAACAUAUUUAUAUAAUUUUUUUUUAAGUGCAAUGUUUCUAAUAGGAAUGAUUUGUAUUUUAUUUUAAUUUUUUAAAAUCCCAAGGUGCAGUUCUCAAGGUUACCUCCUCUAGUAAACUAUGAAAGGCUGCUUUAUACCAGGCACUGCCAAGGCUGUUCUGGGGAUCUAUGUCUACCCUGAAAUGAAGCUUUCAGAAUCUUCUGCCCUAGAUUAGGGAAAAAAAGAAAUGUUACAAAUCAAAAAAAAAUGAGGUGGAGUCUGGUGUAUAAUUGCCUUUAAGUGUCUCACUUGGUUCCAAGGCACGGCAGAAGAAUUAUGUCGGCUAGGGAAAAAAGUGCAUUUGUGCCCAUGCUUCACAUGGUUGAGUAUCCCACCUUAUCUUCAUAUAGCUCUGUUCCUGCCCUAUUCCUAGGAUUCUCAUACUGGCACCAUCGUGAUGUUGCCUUACCUCCAAUGUGUACCUAGAAAUCCCAGAAGUACAAGCCAAUAGGCCAGAGAAGUGGACUGCACCAUGUUGUAGAUCUUUACAGCAGACUGUGUUGUCCUAAUUGGUUCUAAAAUAGGCUACAGAUUUAGAAAAUAUCACUAACCUUACUGAGGCUUGUUAUUUGUGUAAGCCCUGUAUGCAUUGUGCACAGAGCCGGCCUUAGGCAUAGACAAACUAGGCAAAUGCCUAGGGCAUUUGGUGUGCUUAGGGGCACCAGCAGCUUCUGCUGAUUAAAAUGAUAUGCAGCAUGCCUGUAUUCUGUGUGUGACUGCAGCUGUAUCUGCAU